UUUUCACAACCAUGGAACUAACAUUAACUGUGGUUUUUGGAUUGUUUUCGAUUCAUCUUAGCGUAGCGGCUGAGACACCCACAGUAGCAAACACUGAUGGCCACGUACUAUUCUACUCUCAACAUGACGAAUUGUUUACGGGUAUGGUUCAAGACACAACGAUGUCUAUAAAGCCAGUGGAUUCAAGGGAAUAUUCAACGCAAUUCACAAUACAAUUGACGAAAGACGCAAGUAAACAUUUGUUUGUUGAAUGCGUAGAAGAUGAAAAAAGACCUGAAGUGUUUUUAUACAGCCAAGAAGGAAUCUUGGUAGAUAAAUUGACGCUGAGAAACAGUGAAGACGUUUGCAAACGAGUAAAAGAUUACAUAUCUCUCGAUGGGAAGGAACCCGAAAUUAAGACUUUCAAAAACAAAUAUGAUGUGUUGGAAUUUAGCUUGAUGUACCAGUCUCAUGAGGAACAACAUUGCUUCAUAAGAAGUUACGUGAUUAACUACCUUUUUUACGUUGCCCUUUUGGGAAGAGAUAAAGUGCUUAAAAUAAAAUGUAAAGAAGAUUCCGUGACGGAUUUUGCAAAAGGAGAGGCUGCUGGUGUUAUUAAUGUUCUAACAAAGGAGGGAUUUUAUGAAAUUAUGGAUUAUAUCAAAGGUUCUCCUCGCAGUGACCCAAUAGUUUCAACCUUUGCUGUCCAAGGUUUCAAGCUCAAGUGCCAAGAAUACACCAUGGAAAGGAAGCAAGACGCGAUCAAAGCAUCCACUAUGGCAUCAGGACUUAUCAUGCAUGACUAUCUAGUCAUAGACAGGUUGUUUUUAGACUCUUGUACAACUGGAGUUGAGGGGAUAUACAUCGGAGAAUUGAGAGAAAGCAGUAAGGCCUCCAUAUUAAGAAUUGUGUUUAAAAAAAGUGGAGAUUGUUUCUCGAGGGAAAUAAAAUUCACUCGUCCCAAGAUAAUUGGGGACACAUUAUAUCACAUGUGGCGAAGCACUCCUAUGAGAGUCAGGUGUCAAAAUGAUUGGAUCAGUGGAAAGGAGUUGAAAGUAGAAGAACUACCAUAGUACACGGGACUCAUUUUGGCCAA